UCACACUUUUUGCUUUCAGAGGGGGUACUACCAUAUAUCCAAAGGACAUCAAGAUCUGUCAUUAUCAGGUUGGCGUACUCUCCUCCUGAGUGGUUAUGCCUUUAUCUUUGAAGUUAAAAUUCUGGAGGUUUGAUAUUUAGUUUAGAAUAUUCUCAAAAUGGUUUUACUCUAUUUCCUCGUGCAAAAUAAUAAUUUGAUAUUACUCCAAAAAAUUUUGACAAUAACUUUACUACCAUUUUGUGCUACCUUAUCCACCACAAAUUCCAAGAAUAAUAGAUUUGAUCUGCAAUCAUUUCUCGACCCCCAAAUUAUCCAAUCAGUCAUACCACUCCCAGUCUCAUUUCCAAAUUCUCAUGUACAAAAACCAGUCGCAGUUAUAGAACCACCAAAUCAGCAAAGUUUUGCUGGUUCCAUUCGCCAACUCAGCCUAGCCCCCACGACAGCGUUUAUCUCGCGAAGGUCUUUCAACACCUCAUGUGCCUUCACAAUACCUCUCUUUACUUUUACCCUUACCCAAAGUGCACCGUUCAAUGAAGACAAUUCAGUCAACAUUGCCAACCAGAUGGUUUACUUUUUAUUUGCUGUCCUGUACUCAACGGCGUCCUUUGUCGUUCCCGUUGUAUUUUCUGGGAUCAGGGAUCCCACCAUCACGGGGAGAAGUCAAGGAGAAGCCAACUCGGAAGCAUUGCUCGACAGACUUCUCGCCCCUCAACCUUUAGUGGAUUUCAUGGGGACGAAGGGUCUUCAGAGGGUGGGGCUCGACGGGAGAAAAUGUCUUCUCAAAACCAUUUGUGUGGCCAACAGAAGUAACAAAUAUGGACUUCUGGGACUUCCAUUUCAAAUCUUUUUCCCACCGCCUUCGAAUGGAACGCUAGAAUCAGUGUCGUCCGCGGCACAGAUUGCGGCAAGGAUGGGGGUUUAUCAAAAAGAAAAGGAUUGUGGAGAGGUUUAUCCUUGUUUGUUGGACGUAUUGGAUGUAUUGGUGUAUUUGAGGGAUAGAUAUUAUCUAAAUUCGCCCAGUUAAGCAUGCACGUAGGUAAAUCCAAUUAAAGUUUGCUAAAUAAAAACGUAUUCAAUUUAACAAGACUUUUCUUGGGAAUAACUAGUUGCAAGUUUAUUCACGAGUCACAUCACCACAACAAAUAUAGACACCAAAUCGUAAUACCCACCAAAAAAAUAAAAUCGUGCUUGUUUUUCGUAAUUACAUAAUUUUCGAAUAAUAUAUAUCAGGUACCAUUAAAUUAUAAAUUAAGUUGGGUGGGAAAUAAUAAA